AUGGCUGUGGUAGAUCUCUCAUUCAUCACGUCUCUGAAAGACCGGGUCAAAGAGACGUAUGAUGAGGCGGAUGAAGCUGGAAGACGGCAACUGCUAGAUGCACUGCGGGACCUUCAGUACUCUGUAGAGCCUCCCGAGGAGACAAUGCAGAGAACCAUCCAUCAGAAUCUGACCAUUGCUUCUGUGCGCGCGGCCUAUGAUUUGGAUGUGUACAAGGCUUUGACGACAACGAAGGAGACUAUGUCGAUACAGGAACUCACAGGGCGUAACGGGGCAAAUCCCGACCUGCUAGGCCGUCUCAUGAGGCAUCAGGCUUCAUUAGGAAUGAUCGAAGAGACCGGGAGAGAUCAGUUCGCCGCAAACAACAUAACCAGGAACCUCUCAAUUCCUGAAAUACAGUCUGGGAUUCGUCUAAUGAACGACGCAUUUGGCCCCGUAUACCAAAACUUACCGGCAUAUCUUAAGAAAACUAAAUAUCGCAACCCCAUGGACAACCCUCGCACCGUCUUCCAAUUCACACGCAAUACAGAUUUAAGUCUAUGGGAUUAUCUUCACGCCCGAGCCGCCGACACAUCGCACUUUGACAACUUCAUGCGCGCCCAGCGCAUGAGCACCGACAACUGUUUCUCCGUCCUCAAUCUCGAGGCGCAGAGCAAAGGCUGGCCAGCGGACAGACCGGUAUUUGUCGAUGUCGGAGGAGGAAUGGGCCAGCAAUGUGCGGCAGUGCGUGAGAGAUUUCCGCAUCUCGCGGGCAGGAUUAUUCUCGAAGACCUGCCCGCCGUCGUUUCGCAGGCUAAAGUUCCCGCGGGAGUAGAGGUUCUGCCGCAUGAUUUCUGGCACCCGCAGCCUAUCAAGGGAGCGAGGUUUUAUUAUCUACGCGCUGUUUUGCAUGACUAUAACGAUGUGGAUUCGGUCAAGAUUCUGAAGCAUAUUGCGGAUGCUAUGGAGCCUCAUAGUGUGCUUCUUAUUGAUGAGAUGGUCUUGCCGAAUAAAGGGGUGGACUGGUAUGCAACUCAGACGGAUCUUCUCAUGAUGUGUGCGUUUGGCAGUGCGGAGCGGACGCAAGAUGCUUGGGCCAGGCUGGUGGAACAAGCGGGCCUUAAGGUUAGGAGUCUGAGAACGUAUACACACGCGAUGAGACUAAGUGUUAUUGAGGUUGUGAAACGGGAAAGCUUGGAUUCUAGGAUUUGA